AUGAGGUAUACGACCACUGCCGCCACUCUUCUUAGCCUCGCGACCACCUUCGCGCACCCUUCGCCCUCCGCCGACCCCCUUCGUAUCCUCCCACCCAACUGGUCGUUCACCAUAUCCUCCAUCCGCGGCCCAGGCUGUCCAGACUCCGGCAAGAACGGCACCGUCUCGCGCACCACGCGCCCAACCUUUGGCUCUAACACCGUUGAUGGCAGCGAGAUCUACUACUGGUACAUCGCAUACCCAUGGAUGCGUGUCGACCUCGAGGCUGGCCCACGCCAUACAUGGUGCGAGACGACGCUGGCAUACAAGGAGUACAAGGAUUUCGAUAAGACUGCUGAGUCAGAGGAGUAUAAGCUCAGGCUGCACAAGAACGGGACAAAGGGCAUCAUGACGUACGAGCUUGAUGAGGGAGUGCAAGUCUACUGGGACUUUGCUUACUACGUGGGCGAAGGGGUUGGAAGAACGGAGGUCGCCGAUACCAUUGACUUGACUGGCCCUGCUUCAUCUGGCCCGUAUGCUCAAGAACACUACUCUAACAUCAGUUACCCACCCGAGCUAAUUCCUCAGCCCAAUUGCGGAAGUGGUACGUUCACUUUCCGCACAGAGAUGUGGGUACAAGGCAAGGAAGGUCAGAAGGGUGUUGUAGAUAGUGAGCAUUCCUACAGCGAGGCGCUUGGUGACCAGUACUAUGGCGCGCAGCAGGGGUUCAGUUAUGAUUGGGAGAAGUGCACAUAA